AUGAAAGACGACCCAGAUACAAAUGUACAAUUUGUACAAACCGUACAAAUGUUUCCUUGUUUGUAUGAUCAUACAACAAAAGAAUAUUCAAAUAGAAAUGCACAAGAUAAGGCUUGGGGUGAAAUUGUAAAGAAAUUUGACGCCAGCAAGACUGAUUGUAAAGAACGCUGGAAAAAUUUGAGAGCUUGUUUUACAAGACAUUUAAAAGCCAAACCUCCGUCGGGAUCAGCUGCCAAGUUCAAAAAACCUUAUUAUUUAGCAGAGUUUUUACAUUUUCUUGAACCUUUUACAAAAUCACGAAAACAGUCAGGUAAUAUGCCAGAUUCAGUGCUCCCAAAUAAUGAAUGUAGUGAGCAAAACGAAAGUAUUGGUAAUGUUUCCGAAAGUGAAGAAGAAAACACUGACAAUAACCAAAUUGAAAAUAGCGCAAAUUAUACAAGUUCAAGUUUCAUUAAACCAAACCCACAACAAUGGACCUCAAAUACAAAAAGUUCUUCUUUUCAAAAAAAACAACGUACAACCGGAUUAGAUGAAGUAAAUAAGGCAGCUUUAGAUUUUUUCUAAAAAAAGAAGUCAGAUCAUCCUGUAGAGGAUGUGGAUUUGUGUUUUUUUAAAAGUUUAAUACCAGACAUGAAACUUAUGAAUCCCGAACAAAAAAGGCGUUUUAAAGUUGGAGUGUUAAAUUUAAUGGGAAACAUGCUUGAUGAACACACUGAACCUAGACGUAUACAGACUGAACAAAAUUAUUACCAUACCGGAUUUAAUAGAGAAUAUCAGAACAUGGAAAAUCGAAUUAUUUACUCUAUAACUCCAUCAAGUUUAUCCUCUCCUUCAACAUCAAUGCCCGUAUCGCCUCCACUGGAUUUAGUACAACAGUCAAACAGUCUACAGUUGAAUCAAAACAACUCCCAAAAUUGGUCGUAUCAAUAA